GUGCGGAUAUGGCUCAGAAAAAACGUAAGGCGCAGAGGUCUCGGAAAUGCUGUCAACGACAAGAUAGCGACGAUAGCGAUAAAGGGGAAUUUCGUGUCAAAGCUGCACCCCAAAAGGAUGAUGGAGUACACCUUCCAGCAUUUCCCACUGCAGAUGCAGGUUCAGAUUCAGAAGCAGAACCGGACACCAGAGAGCUGGUUCGAGCACAGAACAAGAAGAAAAAGAAGUCUGGCGGGUUUCAAUCCAUGGGUCUAAGUUAUCCCGUCUAUAAAGGAGUGAUGAAGAAAGGUUACAAGGUUCCUACUCCCAUCCAGAGAAAGGUGGUUCCAGUCAUUCUUGAUGGUAAGGAUGUGGUAGCAAUGGCUAGAACGGGCAGUGGAAAGACUGCUUGUUUCCUUAUCCCUAUGUUUGAGAAGCUGAAGGCUCACAGUGCCCAAACAGGAGUUCGUGGGCUUAUCCUUUCCCCAACUAGAGAGCUUGCCUUGCAGACUCUGAAAUUUACUAAAGAGCUUGGUAAAUUCACUGGACUGAAGACUGCUCUGAUUUUGGGUGGUGACAGAAUGGAAGAUCAGUUUGCAGCUCUGCAUGAAAAUCCAGAUAUAAUUAUUGCUACUCCUGGUCGGCUGAUGCAUGUGGCAAUUGAGAUGAACCUGAAGCUUCGCAGUGUGGAAUAUGUAGUGUUUGAUGAAGCUGACAGACUCUUUGAGAUGGGAUUUGCAGAACAGCUGCAAGAGAUAAUCUCUCGACUACCAGAGACCCGCCAGACACUUCUUUUCUCUGCCACUCUGCCCAAGAUGCUUCUAGAGUUUGCCAGAGCUGGCCUUACUGAGCCUGUGCUAAUACGGUUGGAUGUUGACACAAAGCUAAGUGACCAGCUGAAGUUGUCCUUCUUUAACGUGCGUGUAGAGGACAAACCUGCUGUGCUUCUGCAUCUACUGCGCUGUGUUGUGAAGCCUCAAGAACAAACAGUCAUUUUUGUUGCCACUAAGCACCAUGCAGAAUACCUGAGAGAGUUGCUGGACAUGCAGGGAAUUCCAUGCUCUCACAUAUACAGUUCUCUGGAUCAGACAGCCAGGAAGAUAAACCUGGGCCUCUUUUUGCAUGGGAAGGUGCGUGCGUUGUUGGUCACUGAUGUGGCAGCUCGAGGUAUUGAUAUACCAAUGUUGGACAACGUCAUAAACUACAACUUCCCUCCAAAGGCCAAGCUUUUCCUGCACCGCGUUGGGCGUGUGGCAAGAGCAGGACGAAGUGGGACUGCUUACUCAUUCAUUGCUCCUGAUGAAAUUCCCUAUGUGUAUGAUCUCCAUCUCUUUCUUGGGCGCCCCCUUAAACUGGCAAACGCACAAAAUAUUGAGACAGAGGCAGACACAGAUGGUGUACUGGGGAGAGUACCACAGAGUUUGAUUGAUGAUGAGGAUGCCUUGCUUAUUACUGAUCGGGAGCGUUCACUGGAGCUGCAGAACUUGCACCAAGUGUCCGAGAAUGCCUACAAACAAUACAUUAAAUCCAGGCCAACUCCCUCUCCUGAGUCCAUCAAACGCGUCAAAGAUGCUAACUAUAACUUGUUGGGGGUUCACCCACUCUUUUGGUCUCAGCUUGGUGGAGAAGAGAUGCAGAGGCUGAAGUUUGUUGAUGGCAUCAAAUCUUACAAAUCUAAAGCAACCAUAUUUGAAAUUAACUCUACUAGUAAGACCUCUGCAAGUGAAGUUAUGCGAGCCAAGAGAAAUCACGAUGGGAAACUUAUCGCUAAGUUUCAGCGGCUGCAAGAGGAGAAAACAAGUGCAACUGUGACUAGUGGGAUAUCCGGCCUUUGCUGCAAACAAGAGAGCGAUGAGGAAAACAUAGAGGGGGUAUUUUCACAAGUGAUUGGGAAGAGGAAAAUGACUGACAAAGAUGAAGCUGAAGGCAGCAAGAAAAGAAAAGGAGGAGCUUCUCAGGACUCCAACUAUUACAUACCAUACAGACCAAAGGAUUUUGAGAGUGAGAGGGGGCUCAGCAUUGGGGGCAGCAGCUUUGAGCAGGCAGCCGCUGGGGCUGUAAUGGACCUAUUGGGAGACCAUACGGAAGAUCUGAAAAAGAACAAACAAGUAUUGAAGUGGGAUCGAAAGAAAAAGAAGUUUGUGGGAACAGGUGGACAGGAAGACAAAAAGAAAAUAAAGACUGAGAGUGGGAGACUCAUUAGCAGCUCUUAUAAGAAAAACCUAUAUGAAGGUUGGAAGAAGAAAUACAAAAUUGAUGACCAAGAUUCUGAGGAGGAAGAGACCAAUCAGAGGACAGCUGCAGGGCGCAGGAAAGGCAGAGGUGGGCGUGGCUCCCAGAGACACUCCAAUUCACAAAGUUCAGGGCCACAAGGGAAGGCCAAAUCCGAGCUGCGCAGCAAACAGCAAAUCCUCAAGAUGAGAAAGGCACAAUCUAAACAGAACUUCUUGCAAAAAGGGGGUUUGAAGAAGAUGAAAACCAAGACAAGACAUCUGGCCCAUCAGAUGAAGAAAUCUGCUUUUGGAAGAGGGAAAAGCAAUGGGUUCAAGAAAGGAAAGACAAGAAAAUAAGCAAUAUGUGACUGAGCGCUGUGGAAACAGACUGCUACAAAUCACAAACAAUCUCCUCCUCUUGUUCAUAAAACCUUGACUGGAGACAGGAAGGCCGUUGAUGUUUUAUGUGUGCAUCAGUCUUUCCCUAAUAGGGAACUGGCUGAUGGGUGAGGCUGAUUCUUGCUUCAUAAGAUCCCACUGAGUUCCAGCAAAUCACAUUUUAGUAAUCCAAAGUAUUACCCAAACUUUUUAAAGAAAGUUGGGUUUUUUUUUGUUGGUUUAAAACAAACAUCUGGUGUAGGAACAUGUUAUUAUUACUUUAUCAUAACUGCCAUUUGGCAAUUCCAGCUUUAAAUCAAGGAAUGUAAAGUUACUUGUUCUCAUUUGGAAACUUCAUACGGAACACCCCGAUUGUCUAAACUUAAAUGUUACUUGUAUCAUUAAACAUCCAAUAUUCCAAAACGAAUACUAAUUUAAAAACAAGUAGAUGCGUCCAUGAGGCUUUUUAUUUCCAAGUGUUCAGCAAAACUGAUACUUUGCUCAAUAAAAAAAUACUGUUA